AGAUGUUUGUAUUGGAAAAGGAUAACUUUGACAAGGAUUUAACCAGUUUAAAUAAUGCUCUUGCUGUAUUAAUUGAUGCCAUUUUAGGUUUAGAUUAUAGAAUCCAUGAUUAAAUGACAGACUUAGCUGAUUAUAAUGCUAGAUUGGCUGCCAAAAAUAUAUAAAGUGAAGAUAGAGGAGGAGAAUGGAGAGAAAAAGCAUACAAUUAUUAAUUAACCAGAGAAAAGAGGUAAUGUAUUUUAUUCAUUUGGCUUUAGAAUAAAAAGGUAGUUAGUCUCAUAAAUCAUUGGUGCAUUCUCUGCUAAUCUAAGAGUCUUUGCAGAAUAUGUUAAAUUAAGAGGAUAAGCUGGGAUUCAGAGGAAAUUCUUCUAAAUACUAGGCAAUCCAACAGAAGAUUGA